AUGUAUCAUUGUGUUUUUAUAAUUUUCUCACUUCUCUUGCCAAGUCUUGAGACUACAAUCGCUAACCAAUUGGUAGUAGUUGGAGGAGGUGAUGAUAAUCUUGUUAUAAACAAGUGUUUGGAUAAGGAGAUACAUGCUCUCCUUCAUUUCAAAGCCCUCCUUAAAGAUCCCAAUGGUAUUCUCUCUACAUGGAAAGAUGACGAACAUAACUGCUGUAAAUGGCUUGGAGUCACAUGCAACAACCAAACCGGUCAUGUCACAGGGCUUGAUAUCGGUUUGUGUAGUCUUGAAGGUGAGAUUAGCCAUUCAUUGGCUAACUUAACCUACUUGAAUCAUCUUGAUCUUUCCUCCAAUUCUUUUCAUGGAACCAUUCCCAGAUCCAUUGGUUCCUUGACUGAACUAAGGUUCCUUAGCCUAUCAAAUAACUCUCUUUAUGGAACCAUUCCUCCAGAGUUUGGAAACCUCACCAACUUGCAAUGGCUUUACCUUGGAUUUGUUGGAAGAUGUAGAGUUGAAAACCCAGAGUGGUUGUCUGGCCUAUCUUAUCUGGAGGAGCUUGUCAUGAAUGGGAUUUCUUUGGCUAAAGCAAAUCACUGGGUGGAUGUCAUUUUGAGUCUACGGAAACUAAAUUUCUUGAGUUUGCUGAGUUGUGAGCUCUCACAGGUCAUGUAUCCGUAUUCUUCUUCAUUUCUCAACUCUUCUUCAUCUAUUGAAGUCCUUGGUCUUGUAAACAACAAUCUCACCUCAUCCAUGUAUCGUUGGUUGUUUCCCUUAACCAGCAAUAAGCUUCAUGAACUUUAUCUCUCUAGGAACAUGUUACAUGGGAUACCCAAUUAUCUUGGUAAUCUCUGUAGUUUGAAAACUUUUUUCUUCAUGAACAACUCUGUUGUUGUCAAAUUUCCUGAUUUUCUGAAAAACUUGUCGGGAUGCACAUCGCUUGCAUUACAAUCAUUGGAUGCUUCUUAUAGCCAAUUUACAGAGUCAUUGUCUGAUGACAUCCAAAAGUUUUCAUCCCUAAAUAUUUUGAGCCUGUCUCAUAAUCACUUAAAUGGAACUAUAAGUGGGAAAUUGUGGGAACUACCCAAACUUAAAGUUCUUGAUGUCUCUUUCAAUUAUCUUAGAGGUGCUAUCUCUGAAAACAUCGGAAAGUCGAAGGCAAUUAUUAUAAAUCUUUCGAAAAAUUCAAUUGAGGGAGUUGCUUCUACAGAUCACAUGUCAAACCUUUCUCAUAUAGAGUACGCUGGUAUAAGCUCUUGCAAGCUAGGGCCCAACUUCCCCAAAUGGAUUCAAACAUUUAAAAAUCUCACGCGUCUUGAUAUUUCCAAUAAUGGAAUUUCAGACACAAUUCCUCUGGGGUUUUGGGACAUGUGGCCUUCUAAAUUAACACAUUUGAAUCUCUCUUCCAACAACAUCAGUGGGCAAGUACCAGAUUUAUCAUCGAAUUUUGACUAUCGGUCAGUGAUAGAUUUGAGUUCCAACAGAUUUUAUGGUCCGAUACCAAAUGUUUCUUCCACUCUAGUAUCAUUAAAUCUUUCAAGAAACAAGUUCUCUGGAGAAAUUUCCCUUCUAUGCCAAAUUGUCGGUGGGUUGUUACAAUUUCUUGACCUCUCUGAUAACUUUCUAACGGGACAACUUCCAGACUGUUUGUGGCAUUUCAAAGACCUAAAAGUUCUUAAUCUAGGAAACAACUAUCUUUCUGGAAUGCUUCCCACCUCUUUAGGAUAUUUGGUUCAACUUGAGGCGUUGUAUUUAUUUAACAACGACUUCUCUGGAGAGUUAUCGUUGUCUCUAAAGAAUUGCACCAAGUUAAACUUCUUGGAUUUAGGAGCCAACAAGUUUUUCGGGAACGUACCUGUUUGGAUUGGGGAAAGCUUGUCAGGAUUGUAUGCUCUUAUCCUAAGAUCAAACCACUUCUUUGGAACCAUCCCUUUGCAGUUAUGUCAAUUACAAAAGCUCCAAAUUCUAGACUUGUCAAUGAACCAUCUCCAUGGAAGCAUCCCCUCAUGUUUGAACAAUCUUACGAGCAUGGUUCAAGAUGGAUUCUCACAAGUAGAAAAUGUACAUCAUCAUUUAUCAUGGUCUAUCGAUAUAUUUAGUUUUGAUGCUGCAUAUGUUGACCAUGCGAUGAUCAUGUGGCAAGGAGCUGAACGUGAGUUCAUUAGAAAUCUUGGAUUGUUGAAGUGCAUCGACCUGUCAAGCAACAAUUUAACAGGAAAAAUCCCAUAUGAACUUACCGAUCUCUAUGAAUUGUUUGCACUAAACUUAUCAAAGAACAAUAUUCUUGGAGAGAUCCCAUCACAAAUUGGUCUGAUGAAAAAACUCUUGGCUUUGGAUUUAUCAAGAAACAAUUUGUCAGGAGGGAUACCAUCAAGUAUGACUCAAAUGACUUUUUUGGGUUACCUAGACGUGUCAUGUAAUAACUUGUCAGGGAAAAUCCCAUCUAGCACUCAGCUCCAGUCUUUUGAACCUUCAAGGUACAAUGGGAACACCGGACUAUGUGGACCUCCGCUUAACAAAAAAUGUCCUGGAGAUGAAAAACCUGAAGUGCCACGCGUUAUUGGUAGAAGUGAAGGUGAUGGGGAAGGUGUAGAUGAAGUUGAAAGAUGGUUUUAUAUCGGUGGGGGAACUGGUUUUGUUACUGGAUUUUGGAUAACAUGUGGUGCUUUACUUCUCAAUCGUCAAGGGAGAUAUGCUUUUUUUCAGUUUUAUGAUAGCUUCAAAGACUGGGUUUACGCGAAGGUGGUGGUCCUCAUUGCAAAUUUGCAAAAGGUUGUACAUAAAUAG